AUGAGCAGUCUGCUUAUCGACGACGAAACAUUUGCACGUUGUCAUAUACUUAGCGAAGUUGUCGUUGAUGAUAUUCAAGAUUCAAAUAUUGUGGGUGUAGAUAAAUUGUCUAACGCUUAUUUGGCUAAGUGUCGCGGCUCAUUUAAUCUCAAAUGGGAUCAUCCUCAUGAUCCCACAAAUAUCAAAGCAUAUGAGGAGUGUACCACAGUACCUGGUAUAAUCCCUUAUUAUUGGAGACCUAAAGGUAAUGAAGCACUUCCACCGGAAACUCAAAAUGUUGUUAUCCGUCAGCCUUCUUAUGUUUCAAUUCUUCCCCUUCUGAUUAGUGCUCGUCAUUAUAAAGUGGAUAUUCAAAAAUACGAUAUUAUAAGUGAAAGAAAUUCAUUCCGAAAAAUUACUAUGAAUAAUGAAGACUAUGUCAUAAGUGUACAGAAAUUUGGUAACACGGUAUUUCUUAGACGACAUGACGAACGACCCGAUACUAUGAAUGAUGUUGGUCAUCGAUUUGAACAACUGUGUAAGCCUGGUUAUAACAUCAACGCUUUUUACUACCAAUUAAUUGAAGGAAAUGUAGACAAUUUAAGAACACUAAUAUCAGGUGAAACUGAUGCAAUUUUAGAAAAUGAACAUCCUAUUGAGCUGAAAUGUAGCGAAUAUGACGAUAUUUACUGGAAAUAUCUCGAUCAACAUUGGUUGCAAACAUUUCUUAGUGGAGUUGAUGUUAUUGUAUUUGGCAAACGGUCAAGAAACGAUACUGACCCACAAUUAGAUUAUAUUAAAUAUUUUCUAUCUAUGGACCUGAUUGGAGAGCCUGAAAAGAAUCGAAUAUUACAGAGACUUCGCCAAGUUCUUCAGUUUCUUAAAGAUCAUGUGAAAAAAGAUAAAGUUUAUUUAUUAUCAAGUCGAAUUUGUUAUGUUCGACAUCUAACAUAA